GCAAUAUAUUCCGAACUUGGAAGGAGAAUUUAAAAAAUAAGAGAAAAACGAAAAAUAGGAGGCCCAGGCCGCUGCUGCCUACGACGGUUUCCGUGCUCUGCCUCUGCCUACGAAGCCCCAAGCUCGCCAUGGGCUCCAUAGACGUCCAAUCAACCAGCGCUGAAAAUGGAUCCGCCUCCGCCUCUGCUGAUGGUCGUCAAAAGUCACUUCCCACCGACGGUAUGAACCACACAUCUAACGACCCAGACGGAGCGCCCCCUGAUAAGCCUAAGGAAUUGGGCCCGACGAAGAAACGUUUGUCCUCCAUGCUUCCUCUGGAUGUCGGGACCCGUGUCAUGUGCCGCUGGAGGGACGGGAAGUACCAUCCCGUUAAGGUCAUUGAACGUCGCAAGUUGCAGGCAAUUGGUUUUAGUGAUUACGAAUACUAUGUCCAUUACACCGAGUUCAAUAGGAGACUUGAUGAGUGGGUGAAGCUUGACCAACUUGAUCUUGAUUCGGUUGAGACGGUUGUUGAUGAGAAAGUGGAGGACAAGGUAACAGGACUGAAGAUGACCCGGCACCAGAAGCGGAAGAUUGACGAAACCCAUGUUGAGGGCCAUGAGGAACUUGAUGCUGCCAGCUUGAGGGAGCAUGAAGAAUUCACGAAAGUGAAAAAUAUUGCAACAAUUGAACUUGGAAGAUAUGAGAUUGAGACAUGGUAUUUCUCCCCAUUUCCACCAGAGUACAAUGACACUACAAAGCUCUAUUUUUGUGAGUUUUGUCUCAAUUUCAUGAAGCGCAAAGAACAACUCCAGAGACAUAUGAGGAAGUGUGAUCUGAAGCAUCCUCCUGGUGAUGAAAUAUAUCGAUGCGGUACUUUGUCAAUGUUUGAGGUUGAUGGAAAAAAGAACAAGGUUUAUGGGCAGAAUCUGUGUUACUUAGCAAAGUUAUUUCUGGACCACAAGACUCUCUACUAUGAUGUUGACCUUUUUCUGUUUUAUGUCCUGUGUGAGUGUGAUGAUCGAGGGUGUCACAUGGUUGGAUAUUUUUCAAAGGAAAAGCAUUCAGAGGAAUCCUAUAAUUUGGCAUGCAUUCUCACCCUUCCUCCUUAUCAAAGGAAGGGCUACGGGAAGUUCUUAAUAGCAUUUUCUUAUGAACUCUCCAAGAAGGAAGGUAAAGUUGGCACUCCUGAAAGACCUCUUUCAGAUCUUGGGUUGGUGAGCUACAGAGGAUACUGGACCAGAGUUCUUUUGGACAUCUUGAAAAAGCACAAGGCCAAUAUCUCGAUCAAGGAGCUAAGUGACAUGACAGCUAUCAAAGCCGAAGAUAUUUUGAACACACUUCAAAGCCUGGAGUUGAUACAAUACAGGAAAGGGCAGCAUGUUAUAUGUGCUGACCCUAAGGUACUGGAUCGUCAUCUCAAAGCUGCUGGUCGUGGGGGCCUAGAGGUGGAUGUGAGCAAAUUGAUCUGGACUCCAUACAGAGAACAGGGUUGAUUAAUUAUUAUGUCUGACCAUAACCUAACUCUGUAUGUACAAUAUUAGUAUAGAAUUUAGUAUAAAGCAUAGGCAUUGCCAUUCCUAUCUGAUGAAUGUAAGCCUGGAUAAUCAAUACUGGAUACGUUGAAUUGACAAAUGGUAGAAAUCUAGCUUCUUGUACAUCACUAGUUGCUUGCAAUUUCCUCGAGAAUUCAUCUUUCAUUUACUUUUCA